CAUUCUGCGCUUGUAACUUUUUUAUUAAGUACCCGUUUGGAGUUUUAACUCCGUUUGCAAGCUGUUUACUCUCUGCAUGAUCCCUCUGACCUCUCGCAUGAGUUUUUGUUCACUGCGCUGGCUUUGUUUAGGCUUUCUUCCAUCUUUAAACUUCCCCUCUAAAGGUGCUUGUUGACGCCCCCAGACUCCGACUGGCUCCUCUGAUCGUCCAUUUAGAAAAGCCAUGGAUCCUGGAGGAGUUGGUGAAGGCUCUGGUCUGGGCAGAAGAGCCUCGGCCUCCAUGCCUGAGACACCCAUGGGAGCCAAGGGCCAAAGAGCUCAGAGUGGUCCGAGGCCCACUGUCAAGAUAACUCCCUUCCAUGGCUCACCCAUUGUCAACAGUGGUGUGCUUCCUCGCAACAAACAACCAGGACUGGUGUCUGGAAGAGCAGCCGGUGGUCUGCUUCUGGAAACACCCAGAAGCCAGACUCUCUUCCCAGUCAAGGAAAGAGUUGCUGCUGCUGGGAGUGCAGAGGACCCAGCCUCCAGUUCAGCCUCGGCACAGCCAACAGUAAUAGCAAAGGCCAAGGCUUUGAGCACGACGACCUCAAGUCCUCCUGUUCUCAAGCCUGUGGGCAGGAAGGCAGCCAAGCCGAGCUCAGAAGACACGGUGAUGUCCAAACCACCUUCUCGUGAGAAAGCUCCUCCGAGCCUGAAAGGCAGAGGCAGGGGUGCUGUCUCCACCAAGCCUCAGCCAGCUGUGAAAAGGAAGAAGAGGAAGAUGGGCAUGUACAACCUGGUCCCAAAGAAGAAGGUCAAGGUUCUGAAACAGCAGGAAAAAAAAGAGGACCAUGUCUUACCUGUGGAGACAGACAGAGGUGUGGCAGAUGGAGGGAAACCAGCGAUCCCAGUUGAGACUCUCAGGGCUGGAGAGGCGGUGGCUGUCAGGAAUGAGCCUGUGUUGCCGGCACAGCUGGAUGAAGGCAGCCAUGUAGAAUACACAGAGCUGGCUCUGGACUGCCUGGACCUGAAAGCCCAGGAAGAGCUGCUUUCACCUGCACUCUCAGGUUUACUGGUGGAUUCUGAGGUGGCAGAAACAGACCUGGCUGAGGAGUUGCCGCUAUGCUGUUGUCGCAUGGAAACUCCCAACAGCGGAGGCAGCCUCACCACGCCUGAUCAGACCUGCAUGGCCACCGAGAGCGUGGAUGGAUUGUUGAGUCGGUGCCAGCGUCGAGUGAUGAAGCAGGAAAUGAUGCGACCCUCCAACACGGUCCAUCUCCUAGUUCUGUGUGAGGACCACCGAGCCGGCAUGGUCAAGCACCAGUGCUGCCCUGGCUGUGGCCUCUUCUGUAGGGCGGGCACCUUCAUGGAGUGUCGGCCGUAUGGCAGCAUCUCUCACCGCUUUCAUCACGGCUGUGCCUCCAUCCUGAAGGAUCGCAGGUUUUGCCCUCACUGUGGGGAGGACGCCAGUGGUGCAAAGGAGGUCAAGAUCAAGCCCGACCCAGUGCCCUCUGUCCCUAGAUCAGAACCCGGGCCGGCUCUGUCAACCGCUCCUGCUCUACCCACCCUGCCAUCUGUACCCGCCACGCCUGCUGUUCCCCAAAUACUCAGGGCCAAGAAGACCAGCGAGCCACAUAGGACCAGAGAUGAUUGCUCAAAUAUGGUGAAGGGAGACGCUGAGAGUGCUGCUGAUCGACCACCUAAAGAGUCACUGGAGAGCAUCUUGAUGGCACUGGAUGAUGAAAACUUGAAACCAAAGAAAGUGAAGUACCCCACCAAGCAGCUGUACAUCUCUGCCAAACAAGGAGAGCUCCAGAAGGUUAUUCAUCUGCUAGUGGAAGGGAAAGACCCCAACUUCUUGAUGGAGGGCCAAAACAAGCGCACCCCUCUGCAUGCAGCAGCUGCUGAGGGCCACCAUGAGAUCUGCCACAUGCUGGUCCAGGCUGGAGCCAACCUGGACAUGUUUGAUGAGGAGCAGCGAACACCGCUGAUGUCUGCUUGUGAAAACAACCAUCUGGAUACGGUGAAGUACCUGCUCAGAGCUGGAGCUGCUGUCAGCCACAAGGAUAUUAGGGGCUCCACCUGUCUGCAUUUAGCAGCUAAACUGGGACAUUAUGACAUCGUUCAUCAUCUGCUCUCCAAGGCAUCCAAAUACAUCAACUGUCAGGAUGACGGCGGGUGGACUUCGAUCACCUGGGCCAUCGAGUACAAGCACAAGGAGCUGGUACAUCUGCUGCUGGCCAGAGGAGCUGAUGUUAACAUCAGAGACAAGGAGGAGAAUGUUUGCCUCCACUGGGCAGCGCUGUCGGGUUGUGACGACACCGCCCAGGCGCUGCUGGAGGCUCAGUGCGACCUUAAUGCUGCCAACGUCCACGGAGACACGCCGCUGCAUGUCGCUGCCAGAGAAAACAAGCUGGAGUGUGUGAUGCUGUUUCUGUCUCGAGGAGCUGACGUCAACCAGAGGAACAGGGAGGGAGAAACCGCUCUGGACUGCUGCAUCUACAGCUCCAAGGUCUGGGUGGCGCUCAACACCAACAAGAAGCUGACCGACGCCAGGAGAGGCAGGGAUUGCCAUGGAGAACGAGUCCUCAACAGAGACAUCUCUCGAGGGUACGAGGCUGUUCCUAUAAGCUGCGUUAAUGGCGUUGACAGUGAGCCCUGCCCCCAAAAUUUUAAAUACAUCGCAGACAACUGUGUGACCUCCCCGCUGAACAUCGACAAGGACAUCACUCACUUACAGCACUGCACCUGUACAGACGACUGCUCAUCCAGCACUUGCAUGUGUGGUCAGCUCAGUCUGCGGUGUUGGUAUGACAGCGAAGGUCGUCUGCCACUGGAUUUCUGUGAGCGGGAACCUCCGGUGCUGUUUGAGUGUAAUCACGCCUGCUCCUGCUGGAGGACCUGCAGGAACCGAGUGGUGCAGAAUGGACUGAGAGCCCGGCUGCAGCUCUACAGGACACAGAAGAUGGGCUGGGGAGUGAGGGCGAUGCAGGAUAUUCCUCAAGGAACAUUCAUUUGCGAGUAUGUUGGGGAGAUCAUAUCUGACGGAGAAGCUGACAAAAGAGAGAAUGAUUCUUUCCUCUUCACCCUCGACAAUAAGGUAGGUGACGUGCACUGUAUUGACGCACGGCUUUUUGGCAACAUCGGCCGCUUCAUCAACCACCUAUGCGAGCCAAACCUGCUGGCUGUGCGUGUGUUCACCAUGCACCAGGACCUGCGCUUCCCCCGGAUAGCCCUCUUCUCCAGUCGGCCCAUUAAGGCUGGAGACCAGAUAGGGUUUGACUAUGGCGAUCACUACUGGAGGAUCAAGAGCAAGCACUUCAGCUGCCAGUGUGGCUCUCCAAAGUGCCGCCACUCAUCAGCUAACAGAUAGAUGCAUAACUCACUGAUGGUUUUACUAGCAUGCCCCUCCCUCUCUCCACACACACACACACACACACACACACACACACACACACACACACACACACACACACACAGAACACUGCCCCAUGUUGCCAUGCACUGCUCUAGACUCUGAGGCGCUGCCUUUUGAACCUGAUCACAGAAAAUUGGUGCUUUGACUCAGCAGCUGCCAUCAGAAUAGCAUGAAUUUGUCUAUACUCAUUGGACUGUGUUGAUCUUCUAAAAUCUACUGUUUCCCAGCUACUCAUGAAAAAUGUCACAUUCCACCAUCUACCAGUACAGGAUCUAAUUUAUUUAUACACUUCGUUCAUUAUUCCAUCUCAACUGCAGCCUGGCUUCAACCAAGGUAAAUACCCAGGGUAAAAACAGCUAGGAAUAGGCAUUGAAGUGAUAUGGACCAAUUUUGAAAUGAAUGAAUAAAAACAUUAAUGAGUCAAUCAGAGAAUCUUAGCAGAUAACUUGAACCCUUAUGGCCUCUCUUUGUAGUAAUGCCAAUUAUCAAAUUAUUGGAUUUAUAAACUGAAAUCAUGUUUUUACUAGACUGUAAUGUUUUAUGAACCUAAUUUUUUACUACAUGUCUAAUUAGCAAUUAAAUACAUUUUAAAGCA